ACCAGACCCUCGUGCCUACGCUCAAGGUAUGACGCGCAUGCGCAGCUCGCCAAACAGUUUUGGUUCCACGAGUUUAUGUUCUCUCCACGGUUCCGUGCAGUCUUACGGAAGCAUAAUAUUUACUGUUUUUCGGAUGCGAUAUAGCAGGCUGAUCAGCACGGCGGCUGCGGUGAGCAGAAGGCGUGUGUUUCAAACAACGUGCAGCAGCCUGGUCCACUGGAAGCUAGUGGGUGGCGUAGCCGUGCUAGGUGCUAAUGUUAUGAACGCAGGAAAACGCCGCCUGUGAUUGACAGCCCAGUCACCGCUUUGCGUUACCGAUUCGGUCGGGUUGCUCGAGGAAUGGGGCAGUGGAAACUUUGGUUGGUUUAAUUUGCUGAACGGAGGAAAGAGGAGGCAGGCGGCACCGGGCCUUCGGUCACGUCGCACACGACUUCAGUGACCGACACUAUCGUUAUAACAUGGGGACCUGAGGCGAAUUCGGGUCAAACAACAUUUCUGCCGCGGUUUAUCGGACUUUGCUGCUGAAAUGGCCGGUUUUACGGAUCUGCGGGAGAAGCUGAAGUCGAUGACGCCGCACAGAGACAAAGUUUUCGAGCACAGCAACGGCGAGAAGCGCAAAUACCGCGAGUCGGAUGACGACGACGAUGACCGGCGCGACGCGGAGGCGCGGAAAGUCAAGAGCAGCGUCAAGCAAGCUCAUAUCUUCACACAGGAGGAGUGCGUGCGCAUCGAGGCCAAGAUAGACGAGGUGGUCGCCAAGGGAGACAAGGGGCUCUACCGGGAGCACACGGUGGACCGGGCGCCGCUGAGGAACAAGUUUUUUGGUGAGGGAUACACUUACGGGUCGCAGCUGGAGAAGCGCGGGCCCGGGCAGGAGCGGCUAUAUUCCAGAGGCGAGGUGGACGAAAUACCGGACUGGGUGCACGAGCUGGUCAUCGAUCGUCUCGUGACGCACGGCGUCAUACCGGAGGGCUUCGUUAAUAGCGCCGUGAUCAACGACUAUCAGCCCGGUGGCUGCAUCGUGUCCCACGUGGACCCCAUCCACAUUUUCGAGCGACCGAUCGUCUCGGUGUCGUUCUUCAGCGACAGCGCGCUCUGCUUCGGCUGCAAGUUCCAGUUCAAGCCCAUCCGUGUGUCCGAGCCGGUGCUCUACCUGCCCGUCAGGCGCGGCAGCGUCACCGUCCUCAGCGGCUAUGCAGCCGAUGACAUCACGCACUGCAUCCGCCCACAAGACAUCAAGGAGAGGAGAGCUGUCAUCAUUCUGAGAAAGACGAGACCGGAUGCCCCUCGUUUGAGCUCCAGUUCACUGAGCCCAUCCAUCCACUCCUCUGAGAGACGACACAUACUCAAAGCCAAACGCUCGCACCGCAAGGCCGACCCAGAUGCUGCACACAGGCCUCGUAUUUUAGAGAUGGACAAAGAGCUGCAGAGGCGGUCCCUCUCUUCCCGACAGAGACGUCACGACGGAGACAGUUCAGAGAACUCGUGGAGGAGAGCUGACGAGAGAGAGCCGGGCUCACGCUACGCACAUGACCACACACCCGCUCGACGAGUCAAAAUGAGACGUCACUGAGGCGCAGCCGGGACUCAAUGCUGAUCUCCUCAGACGCUUUUACGUUUGCUCGAGGGGACCGGAAGCCAGCAGAGUGACUCAGUAAAAGACAUGCUUCCGGUGUGAGUGAACUCAAGGACAUUAGGCAGCAGCUGCUUUACUUAUUAAAAGGCUUUAUCUAUCUAUUCAGACAUAUCAUUAAGAUCCACUAUAUUUUGUUCUGUGUUUAAAGGAAGCAUAUGGAAUAAAAAGACAUGUAAACUGACUAAUGGGAAUCAGUCAUAAUUCAUUACUUUGCACUCCAGUUAACUUCACGUGCCGGUGCCAUGCAUACAUCUCAUUCACAAAACAACAUCAAAUAAAAAUGUGUAUUGGAUUUUUGAAAACUGCUCAUGAACAUGGUUGAUUUAAUUAUUAUUAUUUUAUUCGAUUUUUUUUUUUUUGCUUUGAGUUUUGUUGGACACAUUUUUGCAAUCACUCAUAAUCAAAAUUGAGAGGAGAGGAGAAAAGAAAAGGCAGAAUUUGUUCAUGCUGAUAGACUGAGUAAUGUUAAUAGUAUGAUAAUAAAUUGAAUUGAUUUGCAUUCAGUGGCUUGUAAGUGCGUUUAUCUAUGCACGGGUUUACUAACAAAAACAAGAUCAAAUCGAAGGCCUAGAACAUUUGAUAUGCUUGACAUGCACAAUAUUAUUUUCUGAAACGGGAUAAAAUAUUACAUUAGUCACCUUUUCAUUUGAAUGUUGUUUUUGUUCUUGAUGCUUAUUUUUUUCCUCCCCCCAUUUAAGGGUGGUGUUGCCAUUAUAAUAACUUUGACUUCUGACUAUAAGUUCUGAUUUGACAACCAUGGUGUAUUUGUAUUUGGCUCUUUAUAUCUUAAGGAAAGAAUUCAUGCCAACAUUACAUCUGACAUUUGAGACCUGUACAAGACUGUCAUAAUGGCACCAGUUUGUGUUUUGUUAAUUUAUUUGUUUCUGAGGUUGAACGGAAGUAAAGAAAAUGCAGAAGAAAGAUGAUAAAGUAUCUUUCCCAUUGCAGGUGCACACCAGAAAAGUGAAUAUGAGACUAUAUAUAGAAUAUUUUUGUUUAAAUCAAAUGGAGUAGAUUAGACUGUAUAAAAGAUUAAAGGAAGAUGUUCAGUGUGUUCAUGAAAGAUUCUGUUUGUUCAUUAUUUUUCUGGUUCUGAAAGUGAGAUCAUCCAUAGCUGUUUGUAUUUUGUAUCAUUUUUAUAACCUUUAAACACCAAAACAAUUCAAUCUCCAGUUUGCAUUGCCCGUUAAUAUGGAAUUAGGAACCUAAUUUUCUGUCUACAUUUAACAUGCAUGAAAAUGGUUUACAUUUUUGCUCCAAGUCUUAUAAUUUACACUAUGCAACGUUUUAUUCAGUUUAGAAAUAAAAAUGUAAAUAUUUAGUGUGGCUGGAUUUCUGUGCCAUCUUGAAUUGUUAAUAUAAACUAUUUACCUCAAUGUACCCACUGUUUACCCAAUAAAUAUCCCACAGCUUA